GGCAGAAUCUACGUGGCCGGCUAAACAAAAAUGGCUUCAACAGGGUUGGAGUCGGCUUUAAAUGACUCUGUCAAAAUAUCAGAUACCAACGGUGACGCUAAUAUAGACGAAGAAUACAUCAAGACAUGGGGGUUCCCUCUAGAGAAACUCUAUCGGCUAUGUGUACGUUUUUAUAAAGAAAAAGAAGGCACCAAAGCCAUCCAUCUGACUUAUCAAGAUAAACUGAAGUUAGUGGCUUACACAAAGCAGGCAUCAUUUGGCAAAUAUCGCACAGAUCUAUCUCCAGACCCUGGCUUUCUAGAUGUAGUGGGCAACGACAGGAGGCAAGCAUGGCAAGCAUUAGGAGACCUACCCAAAGAGAGUGCAAUGACAGAGUUUGUCCUUUUACUGGACUCCGUAUGUCCUCCACUGAGGCCGUAUAUCAAGGCACAUAAGGCAGAGGAGGAGGAAAAAGAAAGGAAAAGACAAGAAGAAAAUGAAAGACUACAGAAGGAAGAGGAAGAAAAGAACAGGUUAAAACAGGAAGAGGAGGUAGCAAGGCAAAGACAAGAGGUGGAAAAACAAAGACAAUAUCAGCAAGAAAUGCAGAUUCGUGCAGCACUGAACCAGCAGACAGCCAUUCAGUUCCGCCAGUAUGCAGAGCAACAGUAUCCUGGGAACAAAGAGUUGCAAGAUCAGUUAAUAGCUCAACUUCAAGAACAGCAUUUCCAACAGUACAUGCAGCAGGUGUACCAACAACAGCUUUUACAUCAACAACAGCAGCAACAACAGCUGCAAGCCAUGUCAAAUAACACACUGAAAGAAGGCCAGUCUGAUGCUACUGCUGCACCAACCAAAGUUGAUGGUGUUCCUAAUGCUGUUGGAAAUCAUGUUGGAAAUGGUACAAAGGGGGAUGCAGAAGAUGAAGAGGAUGGAACAAAGAAAGAUAACCUUCCACCUAUUGCUGCACCUUCCAUGUGGACUAGAAAAGAUGUAAAAGAGUUCAAGGAUUCCAUAAGUAAAGAUACUGAGUCUGUGAUAAAAGUUGGAUCUGGAGAAACAGUUACAGUACGUGUCCCAACACAUGAAGAAGGCACUUGUUUAUUCUGGGAAUUUGCCACUGACUACUAUGACAUAGGAUUUGGAGUAUAUUUUGAAUGGACAGUGCCCCCCAAUAGUAAUGUUAGUGUACAUGUCAGUGAUUCUAGUGAAGAUGAAGAGGAGGAAGAAGAGACAGGAGAACCUAAAGGUGAUGAUGUUGAGAAGGGCAAGAAGGAGGAGAAUUGGCCCCCCACCGAUGAAAUAAUACCUGUAUAUCGUAGAGACUCACACGAGGAAGUGUACUGUGGAAGCCACAUGUACCCAGGGAGGGGGGUUUACUUAUUAAAAUUUGACAAUUCCUACUCACUAUGGAGAUCUAAGACAUUAUACUAUAGAGUAUACUACACAAGAUAAUCCAAAGUUUAGACCAAUUAUGCUUUUAUAUAAUGAUAGUAAAAAGUGGGUGCCGGGGAAUAUGUAUGGAGAUAGAACUCAAGGCCUUUCCUUUUGCUGGGCUGAUUUGGUUAAGGAGGAAUCAUAAAAAAGAUGGAAAGUUAUCUCUCAUUUCCACAAGCUACUAGAGAUAUUUAAUACUGAUGAAUGGAAAAAAAGAAUUGGGAGACAUCUAUUCCAGCUACCUCUCCUUAGUUGAUGGACCAAAAAGUUAAAUAUCUGUUUGUCAACCAAGAUUUAAAUAGAAAGAAUAAUCAAAAUGGUGUUCCGCUAGGAAUGGAUUGGGAGCAUUUCAUUAUUCUCACUGAGUUGAUGCUCUGCCUAUUUUGACAGCAGUGUUAGUUUUAUUGGUGCUACAAUGCACCCCACACAUGUAUGUAUUAUUUGCCAAUUAUGAAAAGGUGGAUAUUGAUACAUGUAUACAUUUUGCUUAUUGUAAAGGUGUAUUCAUAUUGCAGAUAGGUUGACCUUUGUAGGUACAAUCCAUUUCUGUGGGCUGUCUGAUAACAUUUGUAUCAUCCCCAUUGUGGCAUUCGAUAAAUUCAGAGUAGAGAUGACAAGUGCUGUCUGUGUUUAGCCUAGCUUCUUCUGACAGCCUACUGAGAGGGAUCAACCUAUCUUUAAUGUAAAAGUGCUUUAAGAUAAUAUGAUACAUAAUUUUGAUGUACUAACCUCGAUAAUAACAAUCCUGUUGUUGAAGAAUAGGUUAUGAUAAGUAUAUCGGGUUUAAUGAUAUGUUAAGUUAAUGUGGCAGUGUCCUGAAGAAGACAAUUUGUUGACAGUAGCCAUGACAACUGACUUUGAACUUGAAAUAAGUUUUCUUUUCAUGUGAACUGUGUGUAAUGAAUGGCUUUACAGUACCAGUGAGAUGCCAUACAUAUUUUAUGGAUUUUGCUUGGAGUUGUGCGCUCAAUUUUCUAACAUAUUGGACAAAUCUGCAUUACUGUAUCCCAAUUAGUUACGAUCCUAGGCCAAACAGCUGGGUGAAAUUACCAAAACUGUCAUCAUUUCUUUUAGAUUUACAUGAUGUUUUGUAAUUAACCGACGUUUUGUGACAAGGACCUAUUUAACAACGCUGUUUUCGAAGUAGAUUUUUUAGCACUAACAUUUAUUUGCCCUUCCUGCAAUUUUUCCAAGUCUUCAUGAGGCUCUCAGUCGUCUACGAAGAAAAGAGCCGCGUAAGAAUAACAACGGAACAUAUGUGGGUAACGCGAUGAGCAAUGGAAAGUAGUCUUAAUCUCCCCAGUCUACACCUUGCCUUAAAUAGUGCACAUAAGUUUAGAGUAAGCAACAGUGUCUAGCUUUACCGCAUCUUUCCUAUAUACUAACUCCUUUGACUAGAACAUGGAAAGGAAAGAUGUCAGUCGUGUAUAAACAUACAGGCAAAUUGCUGUAAUUGUAUUCUUGCAAAUCUUUUAUAUGUGUUAAGAUUAAUAUGUUGUACAUUAUUUAUGAAUGUUGUGUAUACAACAAUGAGGUUAACAUCGUAUGUAUAAAAGUGGUCGGCGAACUAGAUAUAAAGUUUAAAUUAAG